AAUUCGUGCCUGGAGGCAAUACAAACUGUGAAAUACUCAGAUAAUACAGCUAAUGCGAAAAUGGAAGCGCGAGCGCAAGCCAUUUUAAUUGCCGCAGUGGCAGACAGCCACUUAGAAUACAUACGACAAGAGACAGCAUACGCUAUGUUUAAAAAUUUAGAAGACAAUUUCAAAGACAAAGGAGUAAGAAGCAAAUUAUUUUUAAGAAGGCAGUUAAGCGACAUGAAAUAUAUAGAUACGAAAUCGUUAAAAGAACAUCUUACAAAAAUACAAGAAAUAUGUACUCAACUAGAAGAAGCCGGAUCAGAAUUAAAAGAAGAAGAAAAAAUAAACUAUGUACUUUUAUCAAUGCCCAAAUCUUAUGAAUCAAUAGUUACAGCUUUAGAAACCAUCGGCGAUUUGAAAUUGAAUACAGUGAAGGAUAGAUUAUUAGCGGAGGAGGAGAAACAGAAAAAAUUUAAUGAAUAUCAGACAAGUCAAGGACAGUUAAAUGCUUUUAAUUGCUUCACUUGUGGUAAGCCGGGCCAUAAAAAGUUUCAGUGUAGACAAAGUCAUGGAUAUGGAUUAAAUCAAGGACAUGGACGUGGCGGAUGGAAUCAAGGAUAUGGAUUUAAUCAAGGGCAUGGACGAGGUGGAUGGAAUCAAGGAUAUGGAUUUAAUCAAGGGCAUGGACGAGGCGGAUGGAACCAGGGAAGAGGCUUUAAUCAAGGACGUGGACAGAGUGGAUCAUACAGAGGAACCGGAUUUAACCAAGGACGUGGUCGUGGUAGCCAAGGAAGAAAUAGAGGAUCGAGCCAAGGACGGAGUACCAACUAUGUCGAGGAUAAUGAUGAAACGACAGCAUUCUUCUGCGGAAAUAUGUAAGGAAAAAUUUAUUAUCAGUGUCUAAAAUGGAAAGUGUCGGGUUGAGGAUUGAAUUUGCUAAUGGAAAGGUACGAGUAUAUAAACAUAAUUAUUUAAUCAUGAUUGGAAAUAAAGAGGGAACACUAUAUACAGUUGAAUGCAAAAUUAAUGUAAAUUCGUGUCAGUUAGCAAACACAGUAGAUACAAAUUUAUGGCACAGACGUUAUUGUCACUUGGGUUCACAAAAUUUAGAUGUACUUGUACGUAAAAAUCUGGUAGAUGGUUUAUCUGAAAUAAAAAAUAAAUUUGUAAAUGACAGUUUAUGUGAAGCAUGUAUUUUAGGGAAAAGUCGUAGACAGCCGUUUAAUAAAUUAGGGACUAGAGCUAAGAAACCUUUAGAAUUGGUACAUUCUGAUGUCUGCGGACCGAUUACACCUGUGACUUGGGACGGUUACAAAUAUUUUGUAACAUUCAUAGAUGAUUAUACUCACUUUACAAUGGUUUUCUUAAUAAGGAAUAAAUCAGAGGUUUUCAAAAAGUUUGAAACUUAUUAUAAUACAGUAACAAAACAUUUUAAUGCAAAUUUGUUAAAGCUGAGAAUCGAUAAUGGCCGUGAAUAUCUUUCGGAUGAAUUUAGGGAUUUUUGUAAUAGGAAUGGAAUCGUCAUGCAACAUACAGUACCAUACAAUCCGGAGAUGAAUGGAGUCGCAGAAAAAAUGAAUAAUACACUUAUGGACAAGGCAAGGACUAUUCUAAUAGACUCUGGCUUGAAGAAAGAAUUUUGGGGUGAAGCAGUCUUGUUUGCAACAUAUGUAACAAAUAGGAGUCCAGUUUCAGGAAGAGAAAAAACGCCAUGUGAGUUAUGGGAAGGACGCAAACCUGAUGUAUCAAACUUAAGAGUAUUUGGAUGUGCAGCUUAUAAUCAUGUGCCAAAAGAACUGAGAAAGAAACUUGAUGAUAAAAGUAAGAAGAUGAUUAUGAUUGGAUACAACAUAGGAGGAUAUAAACUUUUUGAUGAAGAAAAACAAAGAACAGUGACAGCAAGAAAUGUAGUAUUUGAUGAGAGACCCAUAAAAUUGGACAA